AUGACAGUAGAAAGAAAAUGGCUGGUUCUCAAGGAUGCCAGCUGGAAGAAUAAAUAUGCACCAGCGGGCAGCGGAGAUUGUGACCCAGACAACAACUUGUAUUGUAUACGACAAUACCAAGGAGGAGGAGGGGCAAGGCAAGGUUUCCUAGGGAGAAUAGGUCAAGCUAUGGAUACAGCCCGGAAAAGACUGCCCUGGAGCCAGCUAAUGCACCGGAACAGUCCACUAAAGGGGUAUAUAUUGGGAGCAUCAAGCGAAGAGUAUGACUGGAAGGGGCUUUUAAGCUGUGUAGUAUCUAAGGCAGUAGGAAUAGAUAAAAUCGAGGUGGAAAUAGGCAGCAGCGUGGAGGAGGUGUGGAAGGAAGACAAUUGGUCAGAGAUACUGAACAAUGGUACCAGCAAGAAUUGGUCAAGCUCAGCGGCAGGCCAAGGAGUCUUCGCGGCAGUGGCAUGUAUAGUUGCAGCUCUGAUGGUGCAACCGACCAACAAGGAGCUGCAUAGGGCCCCUCUGAAACAACUCUGCGAGGAGGUAUGGAAACCAGCAGCGAUAGAGUUGAAAGAAAAGGAAUCUGAAGACAAGGACCUGGAGAUAAAAGGGUUAGAGCAACUUCUGACGAAGGUGGAGGAGAUAGGAACUACCGGAGCUUCCAAAUAUACUGGUCUUGGGUUCCUUUUGAGUAUAUAUUAUGGGUUGAGCAGAUGUUGUUCCUAUGGAAGAAGUUAUGAGUUGACAGGAUUAGUCAGGAGGGGGACGUAUGAUUUAGGAUCAAUGGGGGCAUGUCACCUAAGGGACGGGACCUUCUCUUGCUCAGGGGGAGAUGGGGGCACAACUAAAGAUCGUCUCAACAUAUGGACAAAGGGGAAGGGAUCACUGGUUGGGGUGGAAAGGAGAAAAAAGAAAACUCUAAUAGUGAUACCCAAGGGGGGGGAAGCAGGAGACAAGCGGCAGCUAGAACAAAUAAAGGACAGGGAACGGGAGGCCAUCCAGAGGGCGAAGGAAUUAAUGGACGCUAUGGACAGGAAGGAUACCAACACAGGGAUAGUGGCCGUCUCAGGAAAAGUCCAACAUUUGACGAGCCAAAGUAUACAGACUCCAUCCAACAGGACAACACAACCCUCUUCCUCUGGACAAUCCCCACCCGUCACAAAACCCCAGACGCAAGGAACAUUAAAGACUCCCCCCCCUAAGGAGGACGAGGAAUCACAAGAGGAGGGAUUAGAGGAGAGGGCCUCCAGCGUCCACAUCCAUCACGAGAACAGGGGGCAAGACCGAAAUCCGAUAGACUCUUUAAAGCCCGCUGAUCAACUACCAACCAGAGCCCACGACCUUGACGAAACACAAGCCCGAAAGGAUCAGGAACCUUCCCCCUGGAAGACAGGCCUAACCCCCCCCCCCCUCCAACAGCCCGGGCAGGCUAGUCCGGGGGGGAUAGUGGGGGGAGUCUUAGCAGGUCUGCUGGCAAUGGGAGGUUUAUAUGGUAUGUACCGAGUAUUUAGAAGAGGGGCUGGAGGUGGAAGGAGCAGUGUGUCACGAAACCCAGGAGAUAGGACAGGCAUAGCCUAUACGAGGAGCUGCCUAAAUCACUAA